GUACUUCAGAGAGGAACUUUAACAGAUUCGUGGGUGUGUGCGGUAAAGGAUGGUUAACAUAGGUAGGUUCUGUCUCGCACUGUACUUGUUCGAAUGAAGAAGAGGAAACGUUUGCCAAGUAUAUAGUUAGUAUUAUUCAAGUGACAAGCAUAACAUUUUAAUUGUGACUUCGCAAUGUGUAGUUUCGGUUAAGGACGUGACUGUACGGUUUAAAAUUCCUUCAAGACAACUAUUUUUUUCUGUGCUGCGCCUGCUAUGGACCUGUCAUUGCGCAAUGGCAAAAAGUUUGUCCAUCUGGACUUAAAAGGGGCACCUCCAAACAUUGGCUACCUAUUUGAGUUGCUCCAGUUAUUUGCUGAUCUUGGUGCCAAUGGCUUGCUUAUUGAGUAUGAAGAUAUGUUUCCCUAUGAGGGAGAGCUCAAAGUUAUUCAGUCCAAGGUUCAGCCUCCAUACAGCCGUGAGGACAUCAUGUCUAUACAAGAAGCUGCCAGCAGCAGAGGGCUGGAGGUCAUUCCCCUGGUGCAGACGUUUGGACAUUUGGAAUUUGUCCUGAAGCAUGAGAUCUUUAGAGAGCUGCGCGAGGUAGACUACUGUCUGGGCACACUGAACCCACAUCGUGAUCAAGGAGUUAAAUUGGUGCAAGAGAUGCUACGUCAAGUCAUGGAACUCCACCCUAAAAGUAGCAGACUACACAUCGGAGCAGAUGAGGUGUACAUGCUUGGUCUUGGAGACGAGUCUAACCAGUGGUUAAGCAUUCCUGGUCACAGUGUUCACCAGCUGUUCCUCAAUCAUGUCAUUAAGAUGGCAAAGGGCAUUCGAGAGACUGUCCCAAACCUUAAUCUGAUCAUGUGGGAUGAUAUGCUCAGAUCCAUGACCCCCGAAACUAUUAAAGAGAGUGGCCUUGUUGGAUUAGUGCAACCAAUGUUGUGGGACUACAGUCCCACUCUUGAUGUAGCCAACACUGUAAUGCUAAUGGAACUAUAUAAAUCUGCUGGUAUGUCACAGCAGUGGGUCGCCAGCUCAUUCAAAGGCUCGACCACUGUGCACACUUGUGUGACCAGCACUCAGAGGCAUGUGGACAACCAUGUGCAGUGGCUCAAAGUGGCAUCCAGCAUUUCAGCUGGCAUUGAGCUACAGGGAAUUGCACUUACUGGAUGGCAAAGAUAUGACCACAUGUCUGUUUUAUGUGAACUGAUGCCCGUGAGCCUGCCCUCUUUGGCUUCUUGUUUACAAACUCUUCUUUAUGGUAGCUUUAAUGAAGAAGCUCAGAAGAAAGUGUGUGCGACACUUGGCACUUUGGAAGUAGAAGACACAGAGAGAUUGUCUUCUACCUUUGCUGGGGCGAACCUUGCAGCACUUAUAGUGAAGUUGGCGUCUAUGCUGGAGUCUGAAGAAAUCAGACAUUUUCACAACAAUAUGUAUGUAAGGGGCUGGUUCACACCCUACCACAGACAAAAGAAGACCAUAAACCCACUUAUUGCAGAACAAAUUAAAACACAAGCAAAAAUGAUGAUUGAUGCUGUGGAUAGCAGUGUGCAUGAGGUGAGGAAGGAGAUGUGUCUGUUAUAUCCAGAUUCUACAGUACAGGAAUGGGUGGACCAACAUGUUACCCCAGUGCUGGAGCCUCUGCAAAACCUCAUGAGAGACAUUGAAUCUGUUUUAAGUGAUGUGGGUCUUUGCUUUGAGUCUUAAUGCUGGUCAAUAAACCUCAUUUGAAAUGUUUUUUUUAAAUUAUUAUAUUUAAAAUGUGACUGUUAAUGAACAACUACUUGAAAUUGUGAACUACUAGUGGAAAGUGUAAAAAAUAAUGUUUUUAUGUAAUAUGAUAAUAAUGCAUUAUAUUGAUUGGUUCAUCAUAUAGUCAUUGGAUUAUUUUAAAUGAUCACCAACCAAUAAUCACAUAAAAAUGUUU